UUUGUAUUGCGUUCCAAUGAUUUACUGUGGAAACCAGUUUCAGAGAUGUAAACCAACUUCUCGGAAACUUACAACUAAUAAACGCAGUUCUAAUCUAUCACAGCGACGAAUACAACGUGUUCGAGUGUGAAAUACCUGUACACACUUUCUCUAUUUAUUUACUUACGAGUAUAAACAUGACUCUACUUAGAACUAUACGCAGUGUUUUCACAAUUAAUGCUAGGAAAUAUAGUUCGAAUUUGCAGACCAAAAAACCGCCGAAAAUUUUGAUUACUGGUGGCCUGGGUCAACUGGGCGUGGAGUGUGCCAAGUUUCUCCGCGGGAAGUAUGGAAGAGACAACGUUCUACUGUCUGACAUAAUCAAGCCAACCACAGAAGUUUUUAACGACGGUCCAUACAUCUUUGCCGAUAUAUUAGACUUCAAAGGGCUCCAGAAAAUAGUUGUGGACCACCGAGUCGACUGGCUCAUACAUUUCUCAGCUCUUCUUAGCGCGAUUGGCGAACAAAAUGUCCCUUUAGCAGUUAGAGUUAAUAUAGAAGGAAUGCAUAAUGUUAUCGAACUCGCAAAGCAGUAUGGACUUAGGAUUUUCGUACCGAGUACGAUAGGAGCGUUUGGACCAGACUCGCCCAGGAAUCCAACGCCCAAUAUAACUGUGCAAAGGCCUAGAACUAUUUAUGGUGUGUCAAAAGUACACGCGGAAUUGUUGGGUGAAUAUUACUUCUACAAGUUUGGACUGGACUUCCGUUGUCUACGGUUCCCUGGGGUCAUAUCGAGUGAUCCGCCUGGCGGAGGCACUACAGACUACGCAAUCGCAAUAUUCCACGACGUAAUCCGCAAAGGUAGAUACGAAUGUUACCUCAAACCUGACACAAGAUUACCGAUGAUGCACGUCAGGGACGCCCUACGUGCCCUUUCGGAGUUCUUGGAAGCGCCCAACGAACAGUUGAAUAGAAGAGUUUACAACGUAACGUCGAUGAGCUUUACUCCCGAAGAACUGGCUGAUCGGAUGGUUAAGCAUUUGCCUGACUUCCAAAUCACGUACAAACCCGAUAGUAGACAAGAAAUAGCUGAUUCCUGGCCUCAGGUGUUUGACGAUAGCGAAGCACGAAGAGAUUGGAACUGGAAACCUCAAGUGAAUUUGGACGAGUUAGUGACGCUUAUGGUGAAAGAAGUCAAAGAAAAAAUAACGGCCAAUGGAUUUUAAAAACUGAGUACCUACGUUGCUCGGUGAUAAUGAAGCUUUCUAUUGGUGAAAGAUAUUUAAAAAACGGCCCAGUAAUUAUGGAACCUAUAAAAACAAGCAAAAAAUCAAAUAGAACCUCAAUAAAAUAGAUAUCUACGAGUAACAGCGCGAAUUGUAUUUUUUGGUUGGCAAUAAUUAAACUUAACCCUCAGAUUAAUUUGAAGAUAUGUGCGAGUUGCGAGGAUAAAAUCGAUAAUUUUCAGUGUUGUAUUGUAUCAUAUACCUACUCACUCUUAGGUUAAAUAUACUAUUCUUAGGGAUACCUAUUUAUGAUUACAAAUUUUAAAAGUAA